CGGCCGCACUUCCCGUCCGGGAGAGAGUGUAAUAUGGCGAAGACCUACGAUUACCUGUUCAAGCUGCUGCUGAUCGGGGACUCGGGGGUGGGGAAGACCUGUGUCCUGUUCCGCUUCUCCGAGGACGCCUUCAACUCCACCUUCAUCUCCACCAUAGGAAUCGACUUUAAAAUUAGGACGAUAGAGCUGGAUGGCAAGAGAAUCAAGCUUCAGAUCUGGGACACAGCGGGCCAGGAGCGCUUCCGGACCAUCACCACCGCCUACUACCGGGGCGCCAUGGGCAUCAUGCUGGUCUACGACAUCACCAACGAGCGCUCCUUCGACAACAUCCGCAACUGGAUCCGCAACAUCGAGGAGCACGCGUCGGCGGACGUGGAGAAGAUGAUCCUGGGGAACAAGUGCGACGUGAACGACAAGAGGCAGGUGUCCAAGGAGCGGGGCGAGAAGCUGGCGCUGGACUACGGCAUCAAGUUCAUGGAGACCAGCGCCAAGGCCAACAUCAACGUGGAGAACGCGUUUUUCACGCUCGCCAGGGACAUCAAAGCCAAAAUGGACAAGAAGCUGGAGGGCAACAGCCCGCAGGGCAGCAGCCAGGGCGUGAAGAUCUCGGCGGAGCAGAAGCGCAGCGGCUUCUUCCGCUGCUCGCUGCUGUGAGGCCCGGGGACCCGCACCCCGCACCCGGGGACCCCGCACCCGCCCGGCCGCCGGACGCAGCCGAGACGUCGUCACGCGCCACGGGGACCUGGAGCCAGGACGCGGCGCGGCCUCCCGCGGGCGAGGACACGAGGGCCGGCCGCGGACGGUGACAGUGGGGCCGGCGGCGGCGCGAACUGAGCCCGGGGCCGCGCGGCCGCCCCGGCCCGGCCCGGCCCGGCCCGGACCCAGGUUUCUAGCGGAGAUUUAUUUUUCCAGACCCGCCGGGCCGCCGCCCGCCCGGAUCCUUUUUUUUGAAUUAAAAGCAUCGACCGGCA